GGAAUUCCAUGCAGAGGAGGGAGAAGAGCUGGCCCUGGAAGAAGAGGAGCAGGCCAACGAGGAAGAGGAGUUCAAAUGAGAGGAGGAAGAGGAGCAGGCCAACGAGGAAGAGGAGGAGGCCAACAUGGGAGAGGAGAAGGUCCAGGAGGGAGAGCAAGACAACCUCGCACCAUCAUUACGGACGAGAUGCGAGCAACAGCCAUUGACCAUGUCAUUGUCCAUAGCAUGACAAUGGCUGAAGCAGGACUAAGAGUCCGUCCAAACCUGAGUAGGUUCACCGUGGCCACCAUUAUCAGGGCAUUCAGACAACACAACAGAGUUGAAAGAAUGCCACAUAGAGGUGGGAGGGUUGCCAUAUUUACAGCGGCACAAGAAACCCUCAUUGUGGAUAUGGUUCGUGGGAACAACCUCAUCAGACUCCGGGAGAUCAGAGACAAAGUCAUUGCCGAUAAUGUCAACUUUGAGGGCAUUGACGAUGUCAGCUUGGCCACAAUAGACCGAGUUCUCCGGCGCCAAAAGACGCGGAUGAAACAGGUCUAUAGGGUUCCCUUUGAGCGCAACUCUGCGCGACACAAAGACCUACGUUACAAGUAUGUGCAAAGGAUAUUACAGUUGGACGCGAUGGCCAGACCUCAUGAGUACCUCUUCCUGGAUGAGGCUGGCUUCAACCUGCAGAAACGAAGGCAAAGAGGCCGUAACAUCAUUGGCCAAAGAGCCAUCACUGAGGUCCCUGGCUAA